AUGGCCGGAGACGGGAAAAUCACCAUCUCGAUCGACCGGGGAGGCACCUUCACCGAUGUACAUGCCAUCGUACCCGGGAAGCCUGACAUCAUCCUUAAGUUACUCUCCGUCGACCCCGCCCACUAUCAAGAUGCUCCCACCGAGGGUGUGCGCCAAAUUCUCGAGCUCGUCACGGGCGAGCCCCACCCCAGAGGACAACCGCUGAAGUUGGAUCGGAUUGGCUCUUUGCGCAUGGGAACAACGGUGGCUACGAAUGCGCUACUGGAGAGGAAAGGGGCUCGGUCGGUCCUGCUCACUACCAAGGGCUUCCGCGAUCUGCUCAAGAUUGGUGACCAGUCACGGCCAAACAUUUUUGAUCUGUCGAUGGCCCGCCCAGGGGUGCUACCAGAAGGCGUGGUUGAGGUCAAUGAGCGUAUUGUUCCGUGCCAUCCCUCGGCGGAUAAGGAUUGCUUCUCCGGGGCUCGUAUCGUGGAGGGUGUGACGGGGGAAAAGUUCCGUGUGGUGCAGGAGUUAGACCUUGAAGAGGUUCGCUCGGAGCUCCAACAGUACAAGGAGCAGGGUUACCAAUCCCUGUCAGUCGCGCUAGUCCACUCAUUCGCAUACCCAGAGCACGAACGUCAGAUUGGCGAACUUGCCGAGAGUAUGGGUUUCUCCGUGACAUUGUCCUCCAAGUUACAGCCGAUGAUCAAAAUCGUCCCACGAGGCAUGUCUGCCGCGGCCGAUGCCUAUCUCACCCCCGUCAUCAAAACAUAUAUCGACUCGAUUUCGUCCAGCUUCGAAGGAGGCUUGGAGCGCCAGCGCGAGUGCCGCUUCGAGUUCAUGCAAUCCGACGGUGGACUUGUCGAUUUUCGCCGAUUCAGCGGGCUGAAGGCGAUCUUAUCCGGUCCGGCAGCCGGUGUGGUCGGGUUCGCAGCUACCAGCUGGGAUCCUGUCGAGAAGACACCUGUGAUCGGAUUCGACAUGGGCGGUACCUCGACGGACGUGUCUCGUUUCGACGGUCACCUCGAGCAUGUGUUCGGAUCCAAAGUUGCCGGUGUGCUCAUCCAAUCCCCACAGCUCGAUAUCAAUACCGUUGCGGCAGGUGGCGGCUCUAUUUUGUCGUAUCGUAACGGACUGUUCUAUGUCGGACCGGAAUCGGCCUCCGCCCACCCCGGUCCUGCUUGUUACCGCAAAGGAGGGCCAUUGACAGUCACAGAUGCUAAUCUGUUCCUGGGCCGCUUGCUACCUGAGUACUUCCCGCACAUCUUCGGCCCCGACGAGGACCAGCCUCUUGAUAUCGAAGUGACGACCAAGCUUUUCAACGAGUUGACUCAGAAGAUCAAUGCGGAGCGAAAAGAGAAAGAGCAGCCGGAGUACGCUCCGGAAGAAGUUGCUCUAGGGUUCUUGAAGGUGGCCGAUGAGUCGAUGGCUCGCCCUAUCCGCAACCUGACCCAAGCCCGUGGUUUUGAAACUGCCUCGCAUCACCUAGCUUGUUUUGGUGGCGCUGGCGGUCAACAUGCAUGCUCGGUUGCGGCAUCAUUGGGUAUCUCACGCAUUAUCAUCCAUAAGUACUCUUCUGUCCUGUCCGCGUACGGGUUGGCGCUGGCCGAGGUGGUUAAGGAGUCUCAGGAGCCGGUCUCCGCUGACUUUGAGACGUCUCAGUCAAGCCUCGAGAAGCGCUUCAGUGACAUGACAGAUAGCGCUACGGAAGAAAUGAGCACCCAAGGAUUCUCAGCUGAUCAAGUGCGGCACGAGCUGUACCUCAAUAUGCGCUAUGAAGUUCAGACCCGGCAUCGCAGAGAGUUCAACUUCAAUUCCGAUCGAGCCGUCCUGGUGGACGACAUUCGUGUGCGUACGAUCGCCUCAUCAAAGGUGCGCACGGAGAAGAGUCCUCUGGUCCAGUUGCGGGAGGCCACCUUACAAGAUGUGAGCGGAACUCCGGACAACACAACGAAAGCCUACUUUGACGGCUACUCUAGCCGCAUUGACACACCAGUGUAUCUCCUGGACAAGCUUCAGAAAAAUGCUCGCGUCCAUGGCCCUGCUGUUAUCAUUGACAAGACCCAGACUAUCGUGGUGGCUCCUACCUCCGUGGCCAAGAUCCUGGAUACUUGCAUCGUUAUUGAUUUGAAGGAGGAACAGGCUAUCGUCAACGGUGUUCCCUCCGAGCUCUCAUCCGAGGUCGACCCUAUUAGAUUGAGUAUCUUCGGUCAUCGUUUCAUGUCCAUCGCUGAACAGAUGGGUCGGACCCUGCAGAAGACAUCCGUCUCGACCAACAUCAAAGAGCGCCUAGACUUUUCCUGCGCCCUGUUCUCUCCAGAUGGCGGCCUCGUGGCCAAUGCGCCCCACGUACCUGUUCAUCUCGGUUCCAUGCAAUUCGCCGUUCGCUAUCAACACGAGAAAUGGUUGGGCAAUCUGAGGGACGGUGACGUCUUAGUUGCCAACCAUCCCAGUUGUGGUGGAACUCACCUUCCUGACAUCACAGUGAUCACACCUGUGUUUGACAGGCCAGGUGGGAGCGAAAUUAUGUUCUAUGUCGCGUCUCGUGGCCACCACGCAGAUAUCGGCGGUAUCCUGCCAGGAUCGAUGCCACCGAAAUCGACCGAGCUUUGGCAGGAAGGUGCAGCGAUUGAAGGAGAGAAAAUCGUGAGCAACGGCGUAUUUGAGGAGGAACGUAUCAUCGACCUCCUGGUUAACAAGCCAGCACAACACCCGGGAUGCUCAGGCUCGCGGUGCAUUAGCGACAACCUCUCGGACUUGAAGGCUCAGAUCGCCGCUAACACACGCGGUAUCGCCCUGAUCCAGUCCUUGUUCGCCGAGUACGGCGUCGAAACUGUCCAGAAGUACAUGUACGCGAUCCAAGCCACGGCCGAGACGGCCGUGCGCAACCUCCUGAAGGAUCUCCACAAGCGCUUCAACGGCGAGCCCCUGGAAGCUGUCGAUUACAUGGACGACGGCACUCCGAUUAGACUGAAGGUCACGAUCAACGAGUCGGACGGAUCCGCCGUCUUCGACUUCUCUGGAACCGGGCCCGAGGUGUACGGAGGCUGGAACGCCCCUAUCGCUAUCACCCAUUCGGCCAUCAUCUACUGCUUAAGAGCCAUGAUCGCCUCAGACGUCCCUCUCAACCAGGGCUGUUUGGCACCUAUCGAUAUCCAAGUCCCGUCACCCAGCAUCCUCUCGCCGACCAAGACGGCAGCUGUCGUGGGCGGCAACGUCGUAACAUCGCAGAGAAUCACCGACGUCGUCCUGAAGGCCUUCCGCGCCUGCGCCGCCUCCCAAGGAUGCUGCAACAACCUGACCUUCGGCAGCGGCGCAGGACCCACCUGGAAGGGCGAGUCCGGCAUCCACGUCCACAUGACCAACACACGGAUCACCGACCCGGAGAUUCUCGAGAAGCGGUACCCGACUCUGCUGCGCCAGUUCACCCUCCGACCCGGCUCGGGCGGAAAGGGACUCCACCCCGGUGGUGAUGGCGUCAUCCGAGACAUCGAGUUCCUAGCACCUAUGGAAUGCUCGAUUCUAUCGGAACGGCGAGUCCAUCGUCCCUACGGUCUGGAAGGGGGAGAAGAUGCGCAGUCCGGUCUGAACUUAUGGGUCUCCAAGGAUGAGGAAACGGGCGAGGAACGCGUCGUAAACAUUGGCGGUAAGAAUACUGUUUCGAUGAAGACGCAUAAUCGUGUCGUGAUCAUGACUGCUGGUGGUGGUGGUUGGGGCGCUGCAUAA